GUUACUAACAUCCUACACAUAUCUAGAGUAACUCCACACUCUCUGUACAUAUCAAGUGGUUUUUUCUAACUCUCAAAAAGCAAGUUUUCAUUGUCAUAUCGGGAAAGUGUCCAGCAAUACAUACAUUUCGAUUGAAUCGCGCGAAUCCGGUGUGGUGCCAGUUUGAAAACAUGAAUAUUCCGGUACGUUUUCAAGUGACUUAGUUUUUCAAAACUACCGUAUCAUGUUUGCGGGAAACGUGAAUAUUUAGUGAUAUGACGUUUAUAAGCAGGGGGCCUGGACCCCCGUGGUUUUUCUUGAUUUCCGCGUGUGUUCUUUUCAAUUUCCUGCCCUUCAUUGCCAAUGCCGAGAAAAGUAAAUAUUAUUCCAUGCAAUCAUUAUGCAAGAAUCACUUCCUGCAGCAACUCUAUAGGAAAAUCGAUGGUGCUGUCCUUUGGUCUCAAAAUGAAAGAAAUCUAGACUGCGUCAUUACAUUUCAAACACAUUCAAUUCUACAGAGGUUCAUGUUACGCUUCGAUUUCUUGCAAAUGGACUGCAAUGAUCAUCUUUACAUUUACGAUGGAGCUCAUGCCGUUGGAACGUAUAAGUUCGACCUGUCAUGUAAGAAUACGAAGCAGAACUUGGGGGCCAUGUUCACGCGAACCAACUACGUCACCCUCAAAUACGUAACGGAUGCUUGGGGAACGGAUUCCAAUGGCUUCAAGCUAGUCAUAACGGCCGUUAAGGAUCCCAAGCACGCCUGCACAGAAUUUCGUUGCAAUCUCAGAGAAUUUUGUAUAGCGACAGAUCUUGUGUGCGACGGUAUCAACCAUUGUGCGGAUGGAUCAGACGAAUCGUCCAAUACAUUAUGCCAAAACAACGAGACCGGAACCAUCCUGGGAUUAGAAGUGACGUGGUUCGUUGUUGUAGUGAUUAGCACUCUGUUAGUGUUAUUAGUACUAAUUGUCGCCGUUUCCAUUUGUAUUUGCCGAAGGGGCUGGAAUGCACGGCCCGGAAAUCGAACCGUUCAGCAGCAGAACGCCCCCUACCCGCUGCAGCAGAUGUACGGGUCGAAUGGGGCCAUGAAGCAAGGCGGCAGCAUGACGACGCUGACGGGGGCAGGAGUGACGGCGACAGUGCAGCAGGGAAACUGGUGCCACCCUGCGGGCCCACUCGGGUUCCGCCUCAGCACGCCGGCCCGGGUCCGCCUCUACUGCCUGGCAAAGUGAGACACGCGCACGCGCCUAACGGGGGCGAUGCAGACCACGUGUCUCAGAGUCAAAAAGACGAGUGGUUCGUCUAGCAGUAGGGGCGACAGGGUCGUAGCCUGCAGGGUGAGUCGAGCGCAGAACCCAUCGUUCGGCCAACAGCGCAGUUUCCUACGAUGCCGACAAUCCACACGAUUUCUACGUGCGGUCGGUUAGAUGUAAGGACUAUAAUUUAGAUAAUUCUAACAGUGGAAUAUAAAGUAUCUUCCUUUAAGUGCGGAUGUGCAUCUUUUACAAGGGCAACUCUUAUAAAGUGGUUUAAAAUUUACAAAUCUACCCGCAAAAAUUUAGUGGUAGUAAUUCCUUGCCGCCGUAACAUGAAUUGUCACGGAUAUAGGAUGUGCAAUUUAAUGGACCAAGAGAUCGAACUGUAACUAAAAAUAGUAAUUGUUUCAAUCCCUCACAUUACAUUUCUCUGGUUCAUUCAAUUUGGAACAACAUAUGUUACUAAUAGAUUUUCUUCUAGAUGUCUCACUGGAAUCAAGCUUACAUGAGUUAAUUUUAUGUAAGAUCACUAUUAUUAAUUAAAGGUUAUUUUUCGGUGGAAAAUGUAAGCUUCGUUCUAAUCACGUCAAAUCACUUAAUUGAAACUAAAAAAUUAGCAUCUAAAAACAUUGUGUGAGAGACAAUAUAUAAUUCUAUCACUAAUCUAAUACCAGAUACCUUAGACGUAUAAAUGUGAAGAUGUAGCCUAACGUAGAGAGUAUUUAGAGUAAUUUCUUUGGCAAGGACUAAUCUGCGCCGUUUAUACAUGUUUUGGAACGUUAAAAGGUCUCUUUGACGCGUUGUUUGUGACGUCACACAGCUCAGAACUGCCGAAAAAGUAAGAUAGAUGGAGUUGUAUUGAAGCAAAUUUAUUUUUUUAUCAACAAUCACUACGGAUGUAAGUUUUGUACACAGAAGCCAUUCGUGUAGGUAAGAGACAUUAUAUAAUACACAGACCUAAAUGUUGUUGUCAAUAUCAUUCCAGUCUAUCACGAAAUUGCUAUUGGAGAUUGCUUAAGAGUGUAAGGAAACAUACGCACACAGCCAAUAGACAAAUACGAUUGACACUAAUGUAAUGUUAGAUAAAUAUAUCCUAGGACAAAAUCACUUCUAUUUGUAUAGCACUAUGGAGUCGUAUAAGACUUUAAUUUCUAGACUAUUGAUAAUAAAGCGAAUUUUAAAUAUGUCUAUCCACGACCGAGUCUUAUAUAUGUAUAGAACUAUAAAGUAAGCUAAUGUAAGCGUAAUAAUCUAUGAACAACUUUCAGUAAGGUUUAGUUUACUUCAAACUCAGUUUAUAUAAUAUAGGGCAUUCCAAACUCCUUUUGGGCGCAAAUUAUAUAUUCUAUAAUAAAUAAAUGGAUCUAAAAUAAAAAAAAUUCUUCACUUCCCCAUUUUGUUUGAAAAUACGAAACAGAAAGAAAUAAUUUUUCUUUGGACUGCUAAUAACUGGUAGGAAUAUGUCUUUAUAGUUAAAAAAAUGUUGAUGUGUCAGUUCAUAAAUCGAAAAACGCGGAAAACGAAUAGGUCAUACUUGAAGAGUAGCUUGGGUACCUAGAUACAAUUUUGCUUCUUUGAAAACUUGCGGACCUUCAAAUAUAUCUCUUUUCAUUUUUUUAAUACAACUGCCUCACUUUAUAAGAUAUUGCAAUGACGCAAAAUUAUGCUUAUUUUUAUUUGAAAUGUAGAGGUCAUUAAGAUUAUUUUUCGUCUUCUCCCAUAUUUUUUUUUAGUCGUAAAUACAUUAAGAAAAUGCAUUUAUGUGCAAGUAAAUUUCUUAAACACAGUAAAUGCUGUUUCACCCAACUGGGUCGGUUUAAAUCGUAUAAAAUAUUUGACGUUGCUAAAAUUCAAGAAAAAAGACGAAGUUAGACUCAAAAUACACAACUGACAAGACUGGCAACUGAAGUAGAAAAUUGAAAUCUAUUUUUCUCUGAAACGAAGUAUACCUACUUCAAAAAAAUAACUUCUCAGAAUUUCUACCAACAAAUAUUAUAAUUAAUAAAAAAAUGUUUCGGAUGUUCUUAAAAAGUGAUGGAGGGCAGUAACUUUUUAGAGGGCCAAAAUUAUUGUAACUUGAUCUAAAUCGCAUUAUUUUUAUCCAAGAAAGCAACUCUUGAAGUAUGGACCAUUCGUUUCCGGACAUCCUGUAUGUGCAUGGUAAGAGAACCUAUUCCCUAAAUUAGGAAUAUUUUCCUGAUAAUGAUCUUUUUAAAGGAAACUCUUUUUUUUGCACAUUUAUUUAUAACUUUGUCACGUAUUAUGGUGCUCAUUUCGUGCAUUUCAGCUUUGGUGUGCAGAACAUAGAAGUAAAUAAUCAUCUUAUUCGACUAUAAUACUUUGUGGAAGUUAACUUUGCUGUAAAGUUGUUCACAACGACUAACUCCAAACUUUAAUCUAACAAUUUCGUACCAUUUUUUACUAUAGCAACCUGAGUAAAUUUGUACACAUAUCUUUUAGGAAGUUUAGUCUGAAUUAUUAGGAUGCUUUAUACGCAAAUAGAGAAGCUUAUUUUAAAAAAUGGAUCGCUAUCAAGAACUUGUGAGCAAAUUAACACUUUUUAGCAAUAAUCUAAAAAUUUCUUACUAAUAAUUUGAACAGUACAUAUCUAUUUGUAAGUGUAAAACAUAUCACAUACAGUUCCUUGUAUUAAUAAAGAGAUAAUUUGAUGCAAUAUGGAAAUUUCUAGGUAACAUCAUUAAUAAUUUACUCACAAGGUACUUAAACUUUUGUGUAAAAAAAUCGUGUGCUAAGAGUAUCAUGCAACCGUUUAGUGACAUAUAGAGUAUAUAGAACUCCAUUUUCUGGGCUUGAAAAUAUCUUGUACCCACACAUAUCACGUUAUAGAAAAAAUUGCUAUUAAUUUCAUUACAUUUGUGGGACUGUGCAACAUGUGCAAUGUAUUUAGUAGCAUUUAGCUUGGUGUUCAAGGUUUGUCCAAAUGCAAAGUUGUUUUGAUGUAAUGUGGCAUAAAUCACGUUUUUAGUUAUUCAUUAGAAUCAUUGUUAUACUAAAGAAACAAUAGAUGAUGAAUGAGUUUUAUAUGUGACGUUUAGUAUAAAAAUGAUCGAAUAAGUUCGAAACUGUUGACCAAGUGUUAGAAAAUUUUACAGUCCUUAGCAAAUUACUAAAUGAAGUGUCCGUGUGUGUUCUUAAUGGAGUACAGAAAAUGUUUAUUUAAUAAAAAAAUA